GCCGCCGAAAGCUUGACAACCCUGAUGGGCUGGCGAGGGCUCGCUCCCCGCAAUAAGUUAAUGUGUGCUAAAUUGUGAUUUAACUACGUAGCAGCUUUGUGUUGCGCGUGUGUGCGCCGUGCCAGCUAACAGUUCGUGUUUCUGCUUUAGGAGGCAGCUGCAGUUGUGGCCCCAUCGCGGUGCGCGUGUAUGCGUGUAUAUGAGUGGGAACGGAAAAAAGAAAAUGCAAAAUCAGCGCUGAGCCAGAGGUCAAAAGUGCAAACACAAAACUGCUUGUGGAGUGCAUAUCCUAGAUGACAAGGUCUAAUGCCAGAAAGCAAAUCGGCUGGACAUCAGAUAGUGAACGGCGAGAGGUGUACAACAUUGCUGCCUGGCAUUUGCGUACAUAAAAGAAAAUGUAUGUACAUACAUAUGUAUGUACGAUUCCUUGGUGAUAACCAUUGGGAGCGAGAGAGAGAUUUCGCGUCAGCUGUUCAUUGUUUUGGCUGUGUGCGGCACAAAGGUUUUGCUGGGACGCAGCUUCGUUCUCCGAUCAGUUCCGUUUGUGGAAUGAAACCGGUCGUUUUGCGCUGCCUUCUGCCCACUUCUCUGCCUUCCAUUCUUUCCGCGUGUGUUUCCGAGCGCUUUUCUUUCGAGUAGAAGAGGCUUUACUUUCGGUCCGAGGAACUACAAGCAGCCACUGACGUCUCGUUUUGACGUCCGUUUCCCCAGCCCACCCCGCCGCGCGCGCUUGUGUGUGUGCGCGAUUAUUGUUAUUAUUGUGCUUUCUGACGCAUAUAACGGCAAAAGCGGGGCGUGUUUUCCAUUAGCGGAAGCUUUGCUCCGUAAAAAGCGCCAAUCGGACAGGUGUCGAUGACGGGAAAGCUGAAGGUGUCGGGCAUUGUAAACAAAUCAAAAUAUUAAAACCGUGCUAGGUACCUAUCAAAAAUUCGCGUCAGUUAGUGAUUUAAUUAAUAGAAUUACAAGGUCACAUUAGAUCUAUUGAGAGUUAUCAAACGUGCUAAUCGCGAAGCAAGACAAAACAUAUUUUUUUAAGUUUGGUCUCAGCUAUUGUUCACAUAUUUUUGGCCCGUGCAUUCGGUUACAAAGAGAGAUGGAAAAUCCCCAUCCAAAUGAAAAAAGGGCCAGCACACGAUUUUAAUAGUCAUUGCUACGCGAGGGAUAUUAAAAAAACAAUUAAAUGCGCCCUCGCCAUCGAUGUAAUCAGCAACUGCGAAACUUUUUAGCUCAACAGAACUAUUUGCAUAGGCAUUUCUUGUCACCUGUUGAAAAUGAUGCUGAAUAAACACGAGGAAUACCAACGCACAAACCAAAUGUUUCCCCACCAGCAGCACCAGCUGCCACAACUGCAUCAGCAGCCCCAUCUGCAACCGUCUCUGUCCCAGAACUUCCAGCAAUUGCAGUACGGAACGGCAGCAGGUGUUUCGGCGUCAGGGUCCGCCGAAGCCACGGCAGACCUUCUCAAGGCGGAGCGGGAGUCCAUCCACUCCGGCCAGUUUAUGGUCUCGCACUUCGAGGCCGAGGAAGCGCAGGAUGACCUCGAGGACGAUGGCGAGGUGAAGAUGCUUGACCCCGAGGAUCCCGGUCUGGGCAAGCCGGGGGAGCCAACCAACACAUGUCGCGACGUGCAGCUGUACGUGCCCCAGACAGUUGCCCACUUUAGCGCCAUGGACCAGGAGGGCGACGAGAGCAGCAUGAGCAUGGUCACCUCCCACCUGGAGAUAGAGACCUCACUCACCAAACUCUUCAAGUGCAUGAAUCUGGCCUAUAGUCAAAAACUUACAUCACCCAAAUGGAAUCAUUUCAAAGGAGUACGUCUUCGGUGGAAGGACAAAAUUCGCCUGAACAAUGUCAUCUGGCGUUGUUGGCACAUGCAGUUCAUACAAAAGCGCAGAACACCGGUGUGUCAAUUUGCGUCGCCGCUGGACGUUGACAUACAUAGCAAUCCACAAACUGUUGUUCUUGAAGGCAAGUACUGGAAACGGCACUCAGCUGUAAUUAAAGCCGAAUACAGAAAAUGGCGCAGAAACUAUAGGUCAAAGGCUACGGGCUGCUUAACAUAUGAUUCGAAAAGUGAAUUGGACUUUUUAGAAUGGUCACCACUGAACGAUAGGAAUUUAAUGCCAGACGAUUGGACCACAGACACCCUAUUCUCGGCUAUAAACGUUCCAUUCCCUUUUCCUGAUUCUAGGGAAAUCGCACGCGGCGCGGGAAUCGCAGACUUUAUACAGCCCAGUCUCGGUCCUUUGCAACCGAAUUUAGAUGACAUCGACAUUAGUUUUUCAGACUUGAUUCCUACCACACGCUUGCCUCCAGUUCCAGAAGAGGGAACCGAAGCUGAAAUGCUCAAGAACGACGAAUAUUGCCUGUCAGCGAUUGUCGGGGCUCCUCAUACGCUGUAUUGCAAUGAUAGCAUAAUGGAUGUGGUAAACAGCAGUAACAGUGGAGCUGUAAAUGUGGAUGCAAGCAUGCUGGAGCUCAACACGCCCAUAAAUAACAUGUCGUACAGCGAGGUAGAGCAACGAUUUUCUGUUGCACGACAGGUGCAGCAAUCCACCAAUGAUUCUCAACUUCUCGGGGACCCAGGUUCAAUGUCCGGACGGAUACACGGAGGCAAGCAUUUCGGAACUACCAGCGCAAACGACAAUAGCAGCAAUAGGUGCGUUAUUAACGGUCGCGUGUCCAAGAGCACUCAGCGGCCAUUCCGACGCGAGCCUCACAAUUACGACAAGGCUCAGCCCACAUUGCACCAGACAAACCUUUAUCAGCAGAUGUUGGCGGAACAGCAGAAGAACCAGCAGCAGCAACACGUAGUAGUGCCUUCUUUUCAGGCUCCCCAACAACAGCAGCUUGCUCAACAACAACCCUUUUCGACCCAGGCGACAAACGCCUUCAAUAAUCAGAGUUUUAUAAGCAGUUACGCAGAUAACUAUCAGCAACCGCAUCAGCAGCAACUUAACGUCAAGGUAGAGCCUCUACAUUCAGAUGUGCUGUCAUUACUAAAUGACAAUGCAUACUCUAUUGGCUACAAGCCCUAUCCGCAAUUUAAGAAGUCCGCCUCGACGGGAACUUUUCUGAAUGUUCCCAGGCAGACGCAACAGCAACCAAGUUAUCUGCAGCAAGAGUCCCCGCAAAUGCAACAGUCACUUCCCGUAGGACUGGGCAAUCAACAACUUUUGCAGAUAACGCGUCAUCAGCAGGUUAGCAAUACACAGCAACAGCAUCAUCAAACCACGGUGGCUAGCUUGUUGCAGCAGCAGCACCAGCAGCAAAACCACCCACAACAGCAACUGCAAACUGCUGUCAGCUCAGCCACAUGGGUGUCGCCAAACACCAUUUUGCCCAAAGAAAUCUAUCGCUCCAACAGCUUACCAUUAAAUGUUUCGCUUAAUAAACUACCCGAUGGUCGACAGCUGCAUCAUGAGCAGCCCUUCGCAGUGCCCAAGUAUCACUCCAAGGGCAAGUCGAGGGUGCGCAGCAAUUCGAUGCACCAGCAACACACUUCCGUGGUGGCUGCUGCCGGAGCGGGAAGUUCUUCAUUAAGCGCACAUAGUUGCAGCAACCUGCUGGUCUCUCAGCAAAUGCAGCAGGCAACCAGCGAUCCCAUGUUAAACAGUACCCUGGCACAAUUGCUCACUUCGAAUUCACGCCUGCAAACAGCAGUGGCAAACAGUUCGUCAUCAAAUGCAUCUUCCGUCAGUGCCAUAGCCACCACUAACAACAACAGCAAUGCGCCUCCGAUUCUUUACGCCAACGUCACAUCACCGUUAUCGGUUCCGGUGCCAACACAUCAACACUCACCAACAAAAUCCGCCUCCUUGCCUAUGGCUAUUAACUCGGCACUGCACAGCCCACCUUUAGGGAGCAAAAUACACGGUUUUGGGCUGGCCACAGCUAACGUGGGCAGUAAUAGCUUGAAUUUGUCACCGGAAUCGCCGUUCCACGAGUCACAGGAUUCCCCACUGUCUCCCACGACAAGCCUUAAAUUCCAGCCGAGAGACACACACCGUCGUGCUGGACACAUCCACGCCGAGCAGAAGCGCCGAUACAAUAUAAAGAACGGAUUCGACACUCUGCACGCGCUCAUUCCGCAGCUUCAGCAAAAUCCCAACGCCAAGUUAAGCAAGGCGGCCAUGCUGCAAAAGGGAGCGGAGCACAUAAAACAACUGCGACAGGAGCGGAAUGUUUUAAAGGAUAAAAUUGAAGCUCUGCGUAUGGAACGAGAUGAGCUAAACAACUCGCUGACGCACCUUCAUUCUAUUUUGCCAGCUAAUGGAGCACCUGUAACGAGGCAGGGUACGGAACAUGUUCGGCAGCUUUACGACACUUAUGUUCGAUACAAUACAAUGAACGAUUGGAAGUUUUGGAUUUUGGGUCUCAUUUUGGAACCUUUGCUUGCCUCAUACACGUCAACAGUCUCGAGCGCCAGUCUUGAUGAGUUACGUCGGACUGCUUUCCUCUGGGUUGAUCAGCACUGUUCCCUAAUUGAUCUGCGUCCAGCUGUUACGAAUAAACUAAAGUACCUAUCUAUGCAUACGGAUAUUGUAUCGGAACCACCCAGUACAUUGCAAGAGGAGGUGGCCAAAGCCCUCCAGAAUCCAAGUGGCCAGCAUCCAAAUUUACACGGUCCCUAACCGUUGAUGCUGAUGUCCGUGAUAUGAAUUUAUUAAAUUCAGUCUUUAUUUUAACAAAUAACUUCGAGAAACUGUGCAGCACUAAUUGUACAAAAUGACUAAUAAGCAUAUUUUUAUACAAGAAAUGGGCAGACGGCAAACAAUAAAUUCGCAAAGCAGCAAUUAGUGCCUAAACUCUUGACUUAAGCUUAUAAUAAACAAACGAUUUUACAAGAA